CUUUUGUAAAAUUCAAUAAUACAACGUAACAUUUCAAAUAAACGAUGCCACAUAAAAUUCUUCAAAAUUUUAUUGAUGAUGAUAUCGUCAUUUCCGGUAUAUCUGGCCGUUUUCCCGAAUCGGAAAAUAUUGAUGAGCUCAAAGAAAAUCUUUACAAUAAUGUCGAUAUGGUCACCGAAGAUGAUCGUCGUUGGCCUGUUGGAUUUUAUGGUCUACCUGGUCGAAAUGGAAAGCUAAAAGAUUUAAGUAAAUUAGAUGCUCAAUUUUUUGGUAUUCACGGUAAACAAGCUCGUAAUAUGGAUCCACAGGCACGAAUAUUGUUAGAAUUAACAUAUGAAGCAAUAGUUGAUGCUGGUAUUAAUCCACAAACAUUACGUGGUACACGUACCGGUGUUUUUAUUGGUUCAUCAACAUCCGAAGUUGAAGAGGCACUUGUUGAAGAUGUUGAACGUGCAAAUGGCUACGCACUAACCGGUUGUUCACGAUCAAUGUUUUCGAAUCGAAUUUCAUUCACAUUCGAUUUUCAAGGACCUAGCUAUACAAUGGAUACGGCUUGUUCAUCUAGUUUUAUGGCUUUACAUCAGGCUAUUUCGGCAUUGAAAACAAAUGAUUGUGAUCAGGCAAUUGUUGGUGGUACUAAUCUUUGUAUUCGUCCUGUAACAUCUGUACAAUUUAAUAGAUUGAAUAUGUUAUCAUCGGAUGGUAAAUGUCAACAUCUGGAUAAUUCAGCCAAUGGUUAUGUCCGGUCGGAAAGUUGUUCAGUAAUAUUUUUACAACGAAAAACGGCUGCAAAACGUGUAUAUGCUACGGUGUUACAUGUCAAAACAAAUACCGAUGGUAAUAAACCAGAAGGCGUAACAUAUCCAUCAUGGAGAUCACAAAUGACGAUUAUGCGUGAAACAGUUGAAGAAGCAGGUAUUGAUCCAGCUGAAGUUCGAUAUGUUGAAGCACAUGGAACAGGUACACCUGUUGGUGAUCCAGUCGAAACCAAAGCUAUUGCUCAAGUAUUCUGUCCUGAUCAUCGUAAAGAACCACUGUUAAUUGGAUCAGUUAAAUCAAAUCUUGGACAUGCUGAACCAGCAUCUGGCCUUAAUUCAUUGGCUAAAGUUUUGCUCACAUUUCAGAAUAAAAUGAUACCAGCAAAUUUACAUUUUAAAACACCAAAUACAAAUAUUCCAGAAUUAAUGGAUGGUAGAAUUAAGCCAGUGAUCGAAAACACUCCAUUCAAAGAUGGUAUUGUUGCCGUUAAUUCAUUUGGUUUUGGUGGUGUUAAUGUCCAUGUGUUGUUGAAACCACAUGUCAAAGAAUUGGAUCCGAUAAAAUCUUCGAUUGUAACAGAAAUUCCAAGAUUAAUUUGUGUAUCUGGCCGUAAUGAAGAAAGUGUUAAUCAUAUUUUUGAUUUCAUCGAACGAAAUCCGGAUAAAGUGAAUCCAGAAUUUUUGGCCUUACUCAACGACGUAGCAAUGACAGAGGAAAAUUCCGGUAUGAAUUCUCGAGGAUUUAUGAUUGCUGAUAAACAUCCAGAUGGAGAAACAACAUUGCCACGAGAGAUAGGCAGAGUUCAGGAAAAACGACCCGUUUGGUUCGUAUAUUCUGGUAUGGGAAGCCAAUGGACAUCGAUGGCACAAGGUCUUAUGACAGUCGAUAUUUUCCGACAAUCGAUUGAAAAAUCAGCUCAAAUCCUGAAAAAAUUAGAUAUUGAUCUGAUGAAUAUAUUGUUGAGCAAAGAUGAAAAAGUUCUUGAUACAACUGUAGCACCAUUUGUUGCAAUUGCAGCCGUACAAAUUGCAUUGACCGAUUUACUUCGAGCAUUACGAAUCGAACCGGAUGGUAUUGUUGGACAUUCAGUAGGAGAACUUGGUUGUGCAUAUGCUGAUGGAGCAUUCACACAUGAACAGAUGAUUUUAUCAGCUUAUUGGCGUGGUCGUUGUGUAGAGAUGGCUAAUCUACCAAAAGGUCUUAUGGCAGCUGUUGGCCUCACAUGGGAAGAAGCAAAAUCUCGAUGCCCAUCCGGAGUGGUUCCUGCUUGUCACAAUUCACAAGAUUCGGUAACCAUUUCUGGCAAAUAUGAUGAGACUAAAAAAUUUGUUGAACAAUUGAAAAGUGAAAAUAUAUUUGCACGUGAAGUUAAAAGUUGUAAUGUUGCAUUCCAUUGUUUUUUUAUGGAACAAAUUGCACCAACUUUGUUGAAAAAACUUGAACCAAUUAUACCGGAUCCAAAACUACGAUCAUCACGUUGGCUUAGUUCAUCGUUUCCAGAAGAUCGUUGGAAUGAUGAAAUGGCCAAAUAUUCAUCGGCAUCAUAUUAUGUAAAUAAUCUUACAUCACCGGUAUUGUUUCAUGAAGUUGUACAGAAAAUACCAGCCAAUGCUAUUGUCAUUGAAAUUGCUCCACAUUCAUUGUUGCAACCAAUUAUCAAACGAACAUUAGGUUCAGAAAUUUCCUAUCUUGGAUUAAUGAAACGUAACAAUAAUGAUCAACAAUUAUCGUUAUUUUUGAAUUCAACUGGUAAAAUGUAUAAUCUUGGUCUGAAUCCAAACAUUACCGUAUUGUAUCCGAAAAUUGAAUAUCCAGUAUCAAGAAAUAUUCAAUCAUUAAGUCCAUUAAUCAAAUGGGAUCAUUCACAAUCAUGGCUAGUAUUGUUGUAUCCAGAAUAUUUCAAUCCAAGUAAUAAAGCUGAUCAUUCGGUUAAAAUUGAUUUGAAUGAAAAUUCCGAAAAAUUCUAUGCUGAUCAUUGUAUUGAUGGCCGAAUAUUGUUUCCAGCAACCGGUUAUCUUUAUAUUGCAUGGCAAAUGUUGGCUAAAUUCAAGGGACAAGUUUGUGAACAAACACCAGUUAUAUUUGAAAAUGUUUCCCUACAUCGUGCAACCAUUUUACAUGAAGAAACACCAGUUAAAUUUGAAAUCCAUCUUAUGGAAAGUAGUGGUGAAUUUACAAUCUGUGAAAAUGAUAUGAUUGUUGUAUCGGGUAAAAUUCAACUUUCAGAAGGAAGCCCUGUAAAAUUACAGGAUGUACUGGCCGAAAAACCAAUUGGUCAAACGAUUCGAUUAACGGGAAAAGAGGUGUAUAAAGAACUUCGAUUACGUGGCUAUGAUUAUGGAAAAAAUUUUCAAGGAAUUGUCGAAGCUGAUUCUCGUGAAGGUCGGCUUCAAUUUUCCAAUUGGAUUGUAUUGGCCGAUAAUAUGUUACAGGUUGGAAUAUUGGGACAAAAUAAUCGUGGUCUUUACUUACCAGUUCGAUUUCAAUCCGUUCGAUGUGAUCCAAAAAUUCUUUAUGAAGCCGUUGAAAAAUCUGAUGGUGUAUUAACGGUCAUUAAUGAUCAUCGAAUUAAUUCAAUCAUUGCUCCUGGUCUGGAAAUUCAAGGAUUGAAAGUAAAUUUAGCACCACGACGAAUCAACAGUCAGAUUCCAAUGCUGGAAAAAUGUCAUUUCACUGCCUACAAUCAAAUGGAUGUUUUUGAUCCACAAAUUCAUUCGAAAUUGAAUGAAUACAAUAAUGUCUUAAAGUUUGUAUCGAAUCAAUUGAUUGAUCAUUUGAAAUUAUCAUCGGUUGAAAAAUUCCCAGUAAAAAUUGAAGAAUCAUUGCUCAAAAGUUAUUUGGAAUCUUCGGAUGAAUAUCCACUUUUAUCCAUACUUCGACAAUUAUUAAUGGGUCAGAAUUUCAAUGACAUCAUCAAUCAGAUUGAUUUUACAUCUGAUCCUUUAUGGACAGCCCAUGAAUCUUUCAUCAACGUUCCGAUACAUGUCAUCAUUGAAAAUCAUAUGACAGCUCGAUUAAACAUAGCUGAAGUAAAUCCAACAAAUCGACCAUUAAUUUCGAUAGUAAAACAAUCAGUAGAAUCCUCUGGAUAUCCAAUCAAUGUCGAUUAUACCAUUUUGACUACUAAUCCUCAAGAAUUAUCUGAAGAAAUCGAACAAGUAACAUGGAAUCCAAAAGAACGUUUAUCGAUUGCAUCAGAUUCAACGGAUUUAAUCAUCUACAAAGAUAGCUAUUUACAAUCUCCAUUCGCUGAUCAAUCAAUCGAUUAUUCGGUAAUGAUAGAAUCAAUGUAUCAAUCAAUCAAAGAUGGUGGUUUUCUUAUGGCCAUUUUCCGUUCGAAACCAACAACAGCUGAAAAUUUGUUGUUAACAUUGAAAAAACUCAAAAAUUUAUAUGCCGAUCAUAUUGAUCAAUUUAAAUUAAAAGCUGAAAAACUAGGCUUUGAAUUGAUCUCUGAACGAUCAGAUGAUUUGACAAGUUGUGUAUUGUUAUGGCGAAAAAUCGAUCAUCCAAUUCCUGCAAAUGGACAGGCUGUAAUCCAUGUAACUACAUCUAAUUAUGAUAAAUGGGUUGAAGAAUUGAAAACUAAAAUGGUUGAAUAUCAGAAACGAAAUGUUGGUGAAAAUAUCUGGUUAAUCGCUAAUGAUAAUCCAGCAAAUGGUGUAGUUGGUCUAGUUAAAUGUCUUCGACAAGAACCAGGUGGUGAUCGUAUUCGUUGUAUUUUAGAUACUGACAUCAAAGAUCAUACACUACCUAAAUUCUCAACAUUCGAUGAUACUCAAGGUUUCUAUUCGAAUAUAUUGAAAAAAGAUUUAGUUAUGAAUGUUUAUCGUCAGAAUCGAUUCGGGUCAUUCCGUCAUUAUGAAUUGGAUAAUGUGGAUACAAAAGUUGCUACCGAACAUGCCUAUCUAAAUGUUGCUAUUCGUGGUGAUUUAUCAAGUCUUAAUUGGUAUGAAUCUCAACAUAAAUUCUGGCGACAAUCACCACAAACAAUGCAAAAAUCAAUGGGCAAUCUAUACACCGUAUAUUAUGCUCCGUUGAAUUUCCGUGAUGUAAUGUUGGCAACGGGAAAACUGCCACCAGAUGCAUUACCUGGUGAUCUUGCACUUCAAGAUUGUAUACUUGGUCUAGAAUUUGCUGGCCGUGAUCAACAAGGCGCUCGUGUUAUGGGUAUGGUGCCAUCUAAAGGUCUUGCUACAUCAGUGUUGAUACAAGAUCAAGAUUUUGUAUGGCCAAUACCUGAUGAAUGGACAAUGGAACAAGCAUCAACUGUGCCUGUUGUUUAUAGUACUGCUUAUUAUGCAUUGAUUGUACGUGGUGAAUUGGAACCCGGUGAAAUUGUACUCAUUCAUUCCGGUAGUGGUGGUGUUGGUCAAGCUGCCAUCGCUAUUUCUCUUAGUAUGGGAUGUACAGUGUUUACAACUGUUGGUUCACAAGAAAAACGAGAAUAUCUGAAACAACGAUUUCCACAAUUAACUGAUCGAAAUAUCGCCAAUUCGCGUGACACAUCAUUCGAACAGCAUAUUCUCCGUCAAACAAAUGGUUAUGGUGUUGAUUUGGUAUUGAAUUCAUUGGCCGAAGAAAAACUUGAAGCAAGUGUACGAUGUGUUGCACAACAUGGUCGUUUCUUGGAGAUUGGUAAAUAUGAUCUUUCACAAAAUAAUCCAUUGGGUAUGGCUGCAUUUUUGAAGAAUAUUGCUUUCCAUGGAAUUCUUUUGGAUGCCCUAAUGGAUCGUGAUAGCUCUUCACCAUUGAUUGAAGCACAUAAAAAAACUGUAUCAAAAUUAGUCCUUGAUGGAAUUGCCACCGGUGUUGUACGACCUUUGAAAUCGAAUUUAUUCGAUAUGGAUAGUACAGAACAGGCAUUCCGUUUUAUGGCUACCGGUAAACAUAUCGGAAAAGUUGUCAUCAAAAUACGACAAGAAGAAAAAUUGAAAGCAGUUAGACCAACUGUACAACCAGUAAUGGCUAUUGCUCGUACAGUACUAUAUGAAACAAAAAGUUAUAUCAUUACUGGUGGUCUUGGUGGUUUCGGUCUUGAAUUGGCUCGAUGGCUAAUUGAACGUGGUGCACGAAAUCUAGUUCUUGUCUCACGAUCUGGUGUUCGACAACAAUAUCAACGAUAUUGUAUUGAACAAUUUGAAUUAUCAGGUGUAAAAGUCCAUAUUUCGACAGCCAAUAUUGUAACCAUGGAUGGCGUGAAUCAAUUAUUCAAGGAAGCAUCAUCAAUGGCACCGAUUGGUGGUAUUUUCCAUUUGGCAAUGGUUCUCAGUGAUGGUUUUAUCGAAAAUCAAACCGGUGAAUCAUUUGAAAAAGUUUGUGCCUCUAAAGUUCGUGGAACUCAAAUUUUGGAUGCUGUUAGUCGAAAAGUUUGUACAGAAUUAGAUUAUUUUGUUACCUUUUCAUCAAUCAGUUGUGGCCGUGGUAAUGCUGGUCAAACGAAUUAUGGUUUUGCUAAUUCAUCAAUGGAACGUAUUUGUGAACUUCGUCGUGCUUCAGGACUACAUGGUCUUGCUGUUCAAUGGGGUGCAAUUGGCGAUGUAGGUGUUGUUUCCGAACAAAUGGGUGGUAAUAAUGUUGUGAUUGGUGGUACAUUGCCACAACGUAUGCCAUCAUGUUUGAGCGUUUUGGAUCGUUUCUUACAGAUGACAGAAGUUGCUGUCUAUUGUUCACAUGUUCGUGCAAAACGUAAUAAUGAAAAAUCAUCAUCAUCAUCUGCUGGAAGUGGACAAGAUAUAUUGAAAACAAUUGCAAAUAUUCUUGGCAUUAAACAAUUGGAAAAUCUGCCACCAAAUACCUCGUUAUCGGAAUUAGGUAUGGAUUCCUUAAUGGCUGUUGAAGUGAAACAAUUUCUCGAAAGAAAUUUUGAAGUGAUUCUUUCGGUUCAAGAAUUAAGAUCAUUAAAUAAAAAUCUAAUGGAAAUUGGUGGCCUAAAUCAAGCAACAAAAGAAGAUUCUAAAGUGAAAAGUUCGACCAAUACAACACCUUCAAAAGUAAUGGCAUUAUCUAUGCCUGUUUUGAAAUUACCGACGGAAAAAUUCAUAAAAUUAAACGAUAAUGGUAAAGGUCGUCCAAUUUUCUUUCUGCCACCAAUUGAAGGAAAUUUUGAAUUGCUCAAACAAUUGGCUCAAAAAUGUUCGAAUCCAGUGUUUGGUCUGAAUUGGACUGCUGCCCUUCGUGAUUGCAGCUCCGUUGACCAGGCAAGUGAUUAUUUUGUUCGAUUGACCACUGACAUCGUUGAUGAUUGUUCCACCAUCAAUCUGGUUGGUUAUUCAUUCGGUGCAAUCAUUGCAUUCGAUUUGGCACUCAAAUUGCAAUCAAAUCAAUCACAAGUAUCGUUGACAAUGUUGGAUGCAUCACCAAUUAAUAUUGGUUCAACUAUUCAUGCAUAUCGUGAUCGUGUAUACAAUGUGAAUGAUGAUGAACAUUCGAAACAAACGGAAUCAUUGAUUUUCUUACUUGGUCAAUUGACACGUAUCGAUUCAAAACAACUACGACAACAUCUAAUGGCUAUGAAUGAUAAACAACAACAAUUACGUAAAGUUGCAGAAAUUCUUGCCGAAAAUGGUUUGAUUCAAUCAUCCGAUAUAUCCGAUACAAUGGUAGCGAUUGAAACUUUCAUCUCAAAAUUAAUAAUGAUGGCCGAAUAUAAACCAGAACAAAAAUUCACCGGUAACGUAAUGUUGAUACGUGCAGAAGAAACAUUAGUUAAAAGUGGUGAACUAGAUGAUGAUUAUGGCUGUUCAAAGACCAUAACUGGCAAAUGUGAAUGUCAUAAAUUCCCUGGUAAUCAUCAGACAUUCAUCACCGAUAAUGUGGAUCGAAUUUCCGAAUUAAUUCAAAAGAAAUUGAUUUAAAACAUUUUUUCUUGAUUAUGCAUGAAAAAUUUUAUUAUUUCAAAUUGAAAAUUCAAUA